AUGGCAGCCCUCCAACAAUAUGAUUGGAUUCUAGCCAUAACCACCAUCGCAUUCUGCGGCUCAUCUUUUGGAAAUGGCGCCAAUGAUGUCGCCAACGCCUACGCCACCUCGGUGGCAGCUCGUUCCCUGACGAUGCCCCAGGUCGGUUUCCUCAGCAUGAUCACCGAGUUUAUCGGUGCCGUCGCGUUGGGAGCUCGCGUAACAGGCACUAUCAAGAACAACAUCAUCGAUUUGGACCACUUCGUUCCCAGCCCGGGCGUCCUCAUGGUUGUCAUGGGCUGCACGGAAGUGGCAUCGGCGUUUUGGCUGCUUCUUGCGACAAAGCUCGGAUUCCCUGUUUCAACGACACAGACUGUUGUUGGCGCGCUUGUGGGUUCAGGCAUUGCUUCACAAGCCAGCGUCUCGUGGGCGUGGACAGAUGGUAGUGUUUCGCAGGUCGCGGCGUCUUGGGGCAUUGCACCUCUAAUAUCCGCAGCGUUUUCCGCUAUCCUCUUCGGAACACUCAAAUUCUGCGUCCUUGAGAGGCAGAACUCGUUUGAGAAGGCUUUGAAGGCUAUUCCAGUUUAUCUGGCUUUCACAGGCGCUGUUCUUGCUUUGUUUAUCACCGUCGAAGCACCUAGUGCCCCAUCUCUAGAGGAGCUUGGAGCUGGGACUGCUGUUGGUAUCGUCCUUGGUUCAUUCUUUGGUAUGCUACUUAUCGCAUAUGUCUUCUUUGUUCCAUACUUCCACCGGGUAGUCGUCAAAAACGACCCGCGCGUCAGACCCUGGCAUAUUCCUCUUGGGCCUCUCCUCUACCGCGAGAAUCCUCCUCUGUACUUUCCCGGCACUGGUCAAUCUAUCGUACUGGACUAUUAUGAAUCUGCUCACGAUGGUGCCGAUACACCUAAGGAUGAAAAGCUUGCCGAACCACAGAAAGAGAAGAAGCCCUUGCCAGGGUCUGAGAAUGGAAGUCAAGACGCUCAACAAGACACUGCCGCUGCAACAGGACCUGAUAACCUGACUGGCCUGGAAGAGCUUGAGCGCGGAGAGAAUUCCACUCUUCGUCGUCGCAAGAGAGUUCGUCAUGUCGAGCCUGAAGAGCGCUGGCUGGUUCCCGUGCAGCAUCUCCCCAUGUAUCAUCCUCGCCGCGUUGUCAACCUUCUCAAGUACUUUCUUCUUCAAGGUGUUUCUCGGGACUGUGUCACACACGCGUCACAAGCCCUUGCGGAUAUCCACAAAAAGGCCAAGCGCUACGACAAUCGUAUUGAACAUCUAUGGACCUACGCUCAAGUCGCUUCGGCCAUGAUGAUGUCCAUUGCUCACGGUUCCAACGAUGUAGCCAACGCCGUAGGACCCUGGGUAGCCGUCUACCAGACCUUCCGCACAGGCAUCGUGUCUGAAGACUCAGCGACACCGAUUUGGAUUCUCGUCAUUGCUGGUUUUCUUCUGGGUGCAGGAUUCUGGUUCAUGGGACAUCAUAUCAUCAAAGCUCUGGGCAACAAGAUUACUCAGCUUUCGCCCACGCGAGGAUACGCCAUGGAGCUGGGUGCUGCCAUUACGGUCCUGUUGGCGAGUCGUCUUGGUCUACCUGUUUCCACGACGCAAUGCCUCACUGGAGCCGUUGUUGGCGUCGCCCUGAUGAAUGGUGAUGUUGGCGCUGUGAACUGGAAGCAGCUGAUCUGGAUUUUUGGUGGUUGGAUUCUCACUCUUCCUUGUGCUGGACUUAUUUCGGGACUUCUUACACUGAUGGCACUUAAUGCUCCUCAGUUCUAA